AUGGAAUCGCUUCACUCUCUGCCUCGAAACCAGGACGUUUCAAUGCGACAACCGUCAGCGGAAGAUUUGGAUGCUGCGCAGCAGUUGAUCUCCUCUGCGCAGUCAGGUCGAGAGCAUCUGGCUGAUCACUACCGGGAGGAUGGCAUGGUGCAAGGAACUGGUCAAACUGUAUCAAAUCAAUGGAUUGGACACAAAGAACCUCCUAUUGAAAAACCUUCGCCUGGCAUCCAAAAAGACACAACCUUCUUGGGUCAUUCAUGCAGCAAUUGCGGUACAAAAAGCACUCCUCUCUGGCGUCGUUCUCCCACGGGAGCGAUGAUCUGCAACGCCUGUGGUCUCUACCUCAAAGCUCGCAACGUCGCUCGCCCCACGAAACGGAAUCGGAUGCAAUCAGAGGGUGCUGAGAAGCCACCGCCUCCUGCGAACUCUCACUGCAGUGGUUCCUCGGAAACUGGUGGUUGCAAGGGGUCAUGCCCCGGUGGUGGGAGUUGUAAUGGCACUGGUGGCGCAGAAGGAUGUGAUGGAUGCCCGGCAUACAACAACCGAAUAUACAAGUCUGCCCCCAGAGGAGCGGCGGCCAUCCAAUCUUCGUGGGGCCGUCAUCCAGCACAAGAACUUGAGCCUGCGACACAAGAGGAGCCCCCGGCGAAGAUUCCUGCUCCUGUAGAUGGCACUAAUACCUUGGUUGCUUGUCAAAAUUGCGGUACAACAGUGACUCCUCUGUGGCGGCGAGAUGAACAAGGUCAUCCCAUUUGCAACGCUUGUGGAUUGUACUAUAAACUUCACGGAUGCUAUCGCCCCACCAACAUGAAAAAGUCCAUCAUCAAACGUCGCAAACGCGUUGUUCCCGCCCUCCGAGAUCAGUCUCCCACCGCUGGUACUCUUUCUUCCAAUAAUUCAUCCGCAUCCCCGGAGGCAUCACCUGCUGCCCUAGCACAUGGCCAUGAAGAUCACUAUCGAUACAUGAGCAACGAGCCUGCAGAUCACUAUCACAGGAUGGCUGGAAAAAUUGAAGAUGCACCUCGAACCAUGCCUUUUGCGCCGCCACCGGUUGAUUUUACCGGUUACAAUGUUUCAUCCGUGUCUGUUUCACAUGAUCUCUCAAUCUCCCACGGCCUACCUAAACCAAUAGGAGUGGAGCGGUUGGGACAUUCCCCCGUGAAUCAGUACGGGCGACGGUCCGCCUCUCCAAAUUCCCUCAAUCUUCCUAAGAAACGAACAUUGGCCGAGGCUACAACAGAGGCUCUACCGGCUCUACCGGCCCUGUCGACGCUAGAAGGAGGAUCAAAUCAACUGCCUCCGAUUAUGUCUUCGGCUAAUCCUACUCCCCCCGGCCGUCUCAGCUCUAUCUCAUCCAUUCUGAACCAAUCCGAGGUUCGGGGCGAGCCUCGCCCGGACACCAAUCUGAGACGUCCACCUCCUAUUCACCACUCCGUCUCCCCUUCCCCCCACCCGCCACAGCCUUUGCCUGGCCUUGCAUCUCUUGGUGACACAGUUGAUCGCCGUGCCCGACUUGAACGUGAAGCUGAGCAGAUGCGCGAGAUGCUCAGAGCUAAGGAGCGCGAAUUGGCGGAGAUGAGGCGAUAG